CCGGGAGGAGGAGGAGGAGGAGGCGGAGGACGCGGCGGCGGGGACGCGGUGACUUAGGGCCGCUCCGUGUUAUGAAGACAGCAUGGAGUUCCCGGACCACAGUAGACAUUUGCUGCAGUGUCUGAGCGAGCAGCGGCACCAGGGCUUCCUUUGUGACUGCACCGUCCUGGUGGGAGAUGCCCAGUUCCGCGCGCACCGAGCUGUGCUGGCUUCGUGCAGCAUGUACUUCCACCUCUUUUACAAGGACCAGCUGGACAAAAGGGACAUUGUUCAUCUGAACAGCGACAUUGUGACGGCCCCGGCUUUCGCGCUCCUGCUUGAAUUCAUGUACGAAGGGAAACUCCAGUUCAAAGACUUGCCCAUUGAGGACGUGCUCGCAGCUGCCAGUUACCUCCACAUGUACGACAUCGUCAAAGUGUGCAAGAAGAAGCUGAAGGAGAAGGCCUCCACCGAGGCGGACAGCACCAAGAAGGAGGAGGACGCGUCCAGCUGCUCGGACAAGGUCGAGAGCCUGUCGGACGGCAGCAGCCACGUGGCGGGCGACCUGCCCAGCGACGAGGACGACGGCGAGGACGACAAGCUGCCCCUCCUGCCCGGCAAAAGGGACUUGGCGGCCGAGCCGGGCACCAUGUGGAUGCGCCUGCCCUCGGACUCGGCGGGGCUGCCCGCGGCCGGCGGGGACGCGGAGCCGCACCACGCGGCCGCCGGCAAGACCGUGGCCAGCCCCUGCAGCUCCGCAGAGUCUUUGUCGCAGAGGUCUGUGGCCUCCGUGAGGGGCUCGGCGGAUGUUGACUGUGUGCUGGACCUGUCUGUCAAGUCCGGCCUGUCAGGAGUUGAAAAUCUGAACAGCUCUUAUUUCUCUUCACAGGACGUGCUGAGAAGCAACCUGGUGCAGGUGAAGGUGGAGAAAGAGGCUCCGUGUGAGGAGGGCGAGGUGGGCGCUAGUGACUAUGACAUGGAGCGUAGCGCCGCGAAAGAGAGCGGGGCCGCUAACGCCCGCGGGCCGUACGAGCCGGCGCACCUGGCCCCGCUGCGCGAGGACUCGGUGUUGAGGGAGCUGGAGCGCGACGACAAGGCCAGCGACGACGAGAUGCUGAGCCCGGAGCACGAGCGCGGCCCGGCCGAGGCGGCCGUGGACGGCGGCCUGCUGCCCUACGUGUCCAACAUCCUGAGCCCGGCCGGCCAGAUCUUCAUGUGCCCGCUGUGCAACAAGGUCUUCCCGAGCCCGCACAUCCUGCAGAUCCACCUGAGCACGCACUUCCGCGAGCAGGACGGGCUGCGCGGCAAGCCGGCCGCCGACGUCAACGUGCCCACGUGCUCGCUCUGCGGCAAGACCUUCUCGUGCAUGUACACGCUCAAGCGCCACGAGCGGACCCACUCGGGCGAGAAGCCCUACACGUGCACGCAGUGCGGCAAGAGCUUCCAGUACUCGCACAACCUGAGCCGCCACGCGGUGGUGCACACGCGCGAGAAGCCGCACGCCUGCAAGUGGUGCGAGCGCAGGUUCACGCAGUCGGGGGACCUGUACAGACACAUCCGCAAGUUCCACUGUGAGUUGGUGAACUCCUUGUCUGUCAAAAGCGAGGCCCUGAGCCUGCCCGCGGUCAGAGACUGGACCUUAGAAGAUAGCUCCCAAGAACUCUGGAAAUGAUUUUCUAUGUCUCCCUCUCCAUAUAAAUAAUAUAUAUAUCGACACGUACAUAUAUAUACAUAGAUCUCUAUCUAGUCGUGGUACGGUCUAAAAGCAGCCUUGUUUCCUGGAACUAAACCGUCGGGGUGUUGACUCGGUUUUGCACUUUAGAGUAGCAUGAGACUCUAGCUAACUUAGCAUCCUGGGAAAAGAGACUCUGGAGCAAGUCGGAGACCAGAGAGGGCCUUUUCUUUCGCGGGGGGGCAGGGGGAGGAAGCCAAUGGGAACCUUUGAAACAGGUCAUCCUAUCACCAGAUGCUUUCACGGGGCUUCAUUCUGUCGACACUGCAUUGUUUUCGGAGCGCUCGCUCGCUCUCGCGCGCGCUCUCUCUCUCUCUCUCGCUCUCUCUCUCUCUCUCUCUUUUUCCACUUUGUUUUUGUUUUGUUCUGUUCUGUUUCAGAGUAGAGACCCCCUCCAGUUUGAUUAGCCUCUACUACAUGUCACAAAUUGCAUGAAUCUUUUCCGGCUGUUGGAAACCUGAGUGCUUUUAGACCCAAAUUGGGAGAUUUCUGAGAUGCUGGAUUAUCUAUUUUUAAACAAGCAGUUGACUUAAAACUUUCUGUGGCAACUUCUGGUUUUUCUGACAGCUCCCAGUGAGAGAAAUGCGGGAAGUACACUGGGCUCACUGGGACACUGUCUUUGUGAAGGUUUGCUUGGAACGAAAAAGGAUAUUGCAGCUUCAGCAGUGUUGAACUGUGUGUUGAAAAAUGUGAAUUACUGUUCUUGUAUACUGUAAUUGAUUACACGGGCCGGGGGGGGUGGGGUGUCAAAGAACUUGACAGGUUGUGUUGAUGCUCUUAGUUGAGUCUUGAAAAGUAAAUAUUAACGCUACAGAAAUGCAUGAGUUUCAAUAUAUUUUUUGUCUUUGUUUGCAUUGUAUAACUUUAACGAGUGAGUUUAAAAUUAUUUAAUUUCCUUAGAGAAACAAAAUAGCACCGUUUGGGGGGGAAAAAACCUGGUGUUAUGAAGAACGUAAAUGCACUGUUUUUAUUUUUAUUUUAUAUAAUUUAAAAAUUGACUUUCCCACUGUCUUUAAGUUGAGACUGUUAAGCUGAAUAAAAACUUACGCUGCAAAUUGAUAACUUCGCUACAUAACAAGGAAAAUAUAAAUGUUUACAAACGGCUUAAAGAUUUGCAUGUGCAGUGUGCAUUUAUAACAGACUCCUGAUUGCACAGAACCCAUGCCAGCUCAAAGUUUAGGGGUACACAUUUACCCGGUUGAGCAUUUUUAGAAUAACUACUGCACAAAUUGACAAUAGGUCAUUCUCUCUCUCUUUUUUUUUUUUUUUUGUCUCCCCUUUUCUUCUCCCCUUCUCCCUUAACCCUCCCUCCCUCCCCUCCUUCAUCGUCCUGCCCCCCACCCCCACCCCAACUCAUGAAAAGAUUCUAUGGACUGAAAAAGCCCGGGGCUGAAAGGACUGGCCUGCCUUGAUUGACGGGGGGAAGGUGGGGAAGGGGGUUAGUAGACUAUGUGUAUGGUGCAGCUGAGGCUGCAGCGGCCCGACGUGGGGUUUGAAUGACCAGCACGCAGGGCAAAAGCAUUUUGCACAGUGUUUGUUUUCCUGUCUUGCACUUACAAAUAAGGUCUAUGGGAGUAGCAUGGAAAACGUUUGCUGUUUUUCCCUUUUUUUUUUAAAUUGCUUUUGUUUAAAAUUUGAUCGCCUUAACUACUGUAAACAUAGCCUAUUUUUGUGCUUAAGAUACUGAAUGGAAAACUCCAUUGUGUGUUGCUGGACUGUUUUGGAAAUAUUUGGUCAAAUGUGUGUUAAUUUGGCUGUAAUGGCAUUUAAAGCAAACAAACAAACAAAAAAAGCUGUGAAAAUGGCCUUGGAGCAUUAUCUUUAGUUACUUGAAGAGUUCCUAGUUUUUUUUUUUGUUAAAUACAGUUUAUGUUAAAAUAAUUUUUAUUAAUUUAGAGGAGACAAUCAAUGUCUGAGAAAACGGACUUUCUUUUGGAAUUUCUUUUUGUGGUCAUUGUGAGUGAUUGCUUUUCCCUUUUAUUAGUUUCACAUUCUUCCUUCGUUCUAAAACUUAGACUGACAUCUAGCUUUGACAAUCAUAGUAUGUUUUAUUUUCCUGAGGGGGGAAUAACUUAUAAUGCUGUUUAGUUUUGUACUAUUGGUGUGUUGGUGAAUUUUUAAACUGUGUGCUAACUGCAAUAAAUUAUAUGAACUGAGAA